UCUGACGAAACGAGAAGCGCGUACAGUUCAAAUCACUAUUUCGGUUCACUAUACGGGGAAAGUGAAUGUCCCAGUUGGAUAUACUGAAUCGCAAGGAGCGACACCAUGACCACUCGGACAACCGAAACCAUAGUGGAUUACCUGUCGCCCGUGUCGGUGGCGAACCGGGGGUUGGACCUGGCCAGCGCGCUUUACGCCGCGGAACCGGACCGAGCAGCGGAAAUCGUGAAAUCAACGAUAGAGUGGUACGCCGACACCACACUGCACGCCCGGGGCAACCCACGGGCCGCCAUCGUCAAGCUGGCCGCGGAGCGAGAGGAUGAUCUGCUGCUUGACGGAUACGAAGGCGCUACCGACCUGGGCGCCGGUUGGUCAACGCUGUGGCUGCCGGAGGAUGCAGAGGAUUCUUGGUAUUGUCAUAUACACAGCGCGCGCGGGUUAGUAAAAGAAAUUGCAGCGAUUUGA